AUCUCGAGAUUGUUCUAUACAGAUAUCUGCAGACACAGGAGAAGAUGUAGAAAUAAGCACCUGGGCCAUUUUGGUUUUUUUACAAGGCACAAGUUAUUCGUAUGUACAAUAAUCUAUCAGGAAACUAAAGAUAGAGCUGACUAUCUGGUGACAGCUUAAGUCUUGCUCAUGUUUUUCCUCUCAGCUGUGCAUACAGUAAUUAAGAGUGAUAUAGCAGUCAGCCAAUAGUAGUUUUGCUAAUCCUAGUUUUCCUGUCUUUUCCAACAGAUUGAGAGAGAAGGGAUUGCAGCAAGUGAGCUUAAUCCUCUCAAAUUGCAGGGCACUCAUUUUUGGAGGUCAGGGGUUCUGCAGAUAAGCAUGGAACAAAGCAUUAGCAAUAUACCUUUUCCAGCUUCUAUUUUAAUUGUCUGCAUGCUUUGAAACUACUAACUCUUUUAUUUCCUGCCUUAUUUUCCCCCUAGUCAAGAUUUUUUCAUAUAUCACCCACCUGAGAAUUUGAAUUCUUUACCUUCAGGCUGCCUUGGCAAGAUGAGUAAAUAUGAUGAUGUUUGUUACUCCAAUGGUCUUGCCCUUGUCCACAUGAAACUGAUGCUUUUACCCUCUGAGAGGUGUCCUGAAUCACCACAGAUUCGGGUUCUCUGAAUGUAUAUAUUAUAAACAAAGUAAUAAAUACUGAUUUCAUUUUUGGAGAUGAUGACAAAGAGAUUUUAUUCACUCUGAGCUCUUCCGAGGGGUUUCUUUUCCCUUAAGGAGAGGGCAAAGUGUCAGUCAGUCAGCAGUUUCUGCGCGCAAUGGAGGUAGACUUGUAGGAAAAGAAGGGGAGGGUGUGAACAAAGCAGUCUGUUUACAGUUGUAUUUUGCCUUCCUGAGCUGAAAGGAUUGCUUUCCAGUUAAUCCCUUCUGUAGUCAUCAUGUGACCUGUGUUUGACUUCGGUUGUUCCAUUUUUGUUUUCUGGAGUAGAGUUUCCUUGGACCUCUUCUGUGUCGUUGUCUUUUUUGUUCCCUCUAUCCAGCUUUGUUCUUUGCUAUAUACACAUGAAGGUAUCCUAUGUAAAAAGUAAUUUCCUCACACGAAUCCUCAACUUUCUUCAUUCAUUUUUACUUUGUGCAGAACUCUCUGAAGUUGUUGGCUUGUGGACUCAAUACUGUUUUUAAGUCUGAACAGGAAAUACGUUAAUUGCUUUGCAGUUAUGUUUGUUCUGCUGUGCAGGUUUAAGUCUAUCACAUUUAAAACUGGAAAAUUCAAGUGAUCUUUGGAAUUGUGUGUUUUCUCUCUUUUAUAAAUAUUUCUGUGGAUUCCAUCAGAUUCUUUAGAAAUUACACCGUUUAUUCUAGAUCUGGAUUUUUUUUUUCACAUGUAAAUUGCUUGUGUGUCCUUUGCACUGUGGCAUAGGUUAUCUUACCAUUGUAUUUCUGAAAGUAGAGGGUAGCUUUUCUGUGUUCAAAUAAUGGGAUUUGUAUCUUACUCCAGCAGUUAGGAAAACAAAGAGUUACAGCGAUGGCGACUUUUCCUCCCCACCUUCUUUGAUUGCAGAUCAGCUGGCUCCAGCUUUCAGCACUAUGGCAAGGAUGAAAUGAGAGAAGCUUGGUGUGCGAGCCAGUGAGCAGUACACUAUUACUGGUUUAUGUUUAAGGAAUGAGGUUCAUCUAGGAUUUUGUUGUUACGUUUCUCAGAAAGCAUUUGUCAAGGCAUCAUGACACGGGCUUUCCCCUCCAGACGGGUUUCUGUGUACAGCAUACCAGCUCCAUACCACCCUGAGCAGGCUGAUGGGCAGGAAAAUCCAUACCUUCACUACUGCUCAUCUUACCAAAAGGGAUUGUGUCAGAAGUACUAUUUCUUCAAAUGGAUAAGACCGUGUUUCUGGAGAAGAUGGCUUCUAGGAAUAUUAUCUCUAGUUUCUUUAUCAGUUACAGUAAUGGUGCUAGCCCUGCGCUAUUCGUUCUCUCCAUCUUUCUCUUUAAUAUAUAUUGGUGGAAGUGUAGAAAUUCCUAAUCUGACUUACACAAAUGAUCUCAAUGAUCCCAGCUCCCAGAAAUUCCUCCUGCAAGCAGAGGCAAUCCAAAAUUAUCUCACAGAAUCCUAUGAGUGUUCCACCUCGGGAAAGUAUUAUUUGAAGUCCAUAGUGGCUGCUUUCAGUGAAGGAGAGUAUGGACUUCGAGCUUACUACUGGAAUACAUUCUGGGCACCACAGGAUAUUACUGAUUCUCUUAAAAAGUUGAUCCCAUUGGAACAAAAAGAAAUGAGUAGUAAACAAAUACCUCACAUAUUCAGUACUUCUGGGGAAGGAGAUUUUGAUCUUGUUACAAUGGAGCUUUUUGUUUCAGAUGCUACAGAAUACGAUGCGAUGCUAAAAUCAGCAGUAUCCUUUGACCUGUAUGCAAAGCCAGGUAACAACAGAACUCUAACUCUGAUGAACCCCAAGAAGUCUUUUUAUCAGUGGAGGUUGCGAGUUCCUUCUAACUGCGUGGUGAAACUGGUAGUUACCUCUUUGCAUGUUGUUGCUUCAGAGGGCUGUGCAUCGCACCGUUUGUCUGCAUAUGAUUUCCUUCUUCCUCUGCAGAACAAGAUCAUUACAAGGUGGUGUGGCUCUGGAGCCUGGACUCCUCCAGUUAUACGUUUAAUUUCUUCGACUAAUGUCAUGUUACUUACCUUCUCAUUGGACCACAGAGGAGAAAGGAGUAUACUAAAAGCUCACUUUCAAGCAAUCCCUAAAAUCAUGUGUGGUGGUCAUUAUAUUUCCUGGAAUGGAAGUCUAAGUUCCCCUUACUACCCAAGUUACUACCCACCAAACAUUGACUGCAGCUGGAUCAUCCGAGCACCCUUGCCUGCCUACAGGCUCUCAUUAAAAAUCCUUGCAAUACAAAUUCAAGAGAAGUCUCCAGGGUCCAGUAAAUGUGAUAAAGACUGGCUAGAAAUUGAUGGAGUUAGAUACUGUAAAGAUAUUUCAGAAAAUGGCAGAAACAGAGAAUAUGGCCAUUCUGUUGCUAUCAAUUUCCAUUCCGAUGAAUUUGUCACCCAUAGAGGAUUUUAUAUUGAAUACAGAGCCUUCAGUCACACGGAGAGUUGUACUCCAGAGCAGUUGAACUGUGGUGAUGGAAAAUGUAAGCAUCAGUAUAAGAAUUGUGAAGGUGAUAAUAGCUGUGGGGAGGACAGCAAUGAAAACAACUGUUCCUACAGAAGUUGCUUCCCUUAUACUUUCAAAUGUCUUAAUGGAAAAUGCUUGUUGAAACCAAAUCCUGAAUGUGAUGGGAAAAUUGACUGCACAGAUGGAUCUGAUGAAGUGAACUGUGCUUGUGGAAGAAAUCUGUUUAAGAAAAACAGGAUUGUUGGAGGUGAAGAUGCACAGUCUGGAAAGUGGCCUUGGCAAGCAAGUUUACAAAUUGGAGCACAUGGACAUGUCUGUGGUGCAUCUGUUAUUUCCAAGAGGUGGCUUUUAUCUGCUGCCCAUUGCUUUCUGGAUUCCGAUUCCAUAAGAUACUCUGCUCCAUCAAGGUGGAGAGCAUAUAUGGGCUUACACACUGUUAAUGAAAAGAGCAAUCACAUAGCCAUGAGAUCGAUCAAAAGGAUUAUUGUCCACCCACAGUAUGACCAAUCUAUCUCAGAUUAUGACAUAGCCCUGUUGGAAAUGGAGACACCUGUAUUCUUCAGCGAGCUGGUACAGCCCAUUUGUUUACCAAGCAGCUCUAGAGUAUUUCUUUAUGGAACUGUCUGCUAUGUAACUGGCUGGGGAGCCAUAAAAGAAAAUAGUCAUCUUGCUGGAACACUGCAGGAAGCUAGAGUGAGAAUAAUUAAUCAAAGCAUUUGCAGCAAGCUGUAUGAUGAUCUCAUCACAUCACGCAUGCUCUGUGCUGGGAACCUUAAUGGUGGCAUUGAUGCAUGCCAGGGAGAUUCUGGAGGUCCCUUGGCCUGCACAGGAAAGGGAAAUAGAUGGUACCUUGCUGGCAUUGUGAGCUGGGGUGAAGGAUGUGCGCGACGCAAUCGUCCUGGUGUAUACACUAAGGUGACAGCACUUUAUGACUGGAUUCGUCAGAAUACAAACUGAUGUGCCAAGGAGAAAAUGCAGAUCAUCUUCAUUACAAAAACUGCUUCCUACAUUAUCAAGUACAUGAACAUGCUGCUGGCUGUUUCACUGUGGAAAAAAAAGCACUACCUUAAUGCAGAAAUGAUCAUUUGUCAUUCACCUAGUGGUAACUGUUUGGAUUCAGACCCAACUUCAAAUAGCUUCAGGUUCCUUAUGGAUUCAUACAUCUUAUUCCCUACCAGUGGAAACAGAGUUCCCUUACAAAUUAAAUUUGAAUCUGGGAAAAAAAAAAAAAAAAAAGUCCAGCCAAAUUGUUUUGGUAGAUCUUCUUCCCUCCUUCCACCUCUGAGAUGUAUGUGCAUCUCUUUUGCUAUCUACCUUUGCAUAGGCAUAUACGGAUAUUCAUGCUCACAUCCCAUAUAUACUCACAUAUAUUCCCUUAUUGAUGUUACAGGAUUCUAAACAUGAAUAAUUCCUUUGAUUUUUUUUUUCCAAACUACAAAUAAUAUGAUCAGUAUAGUAUACAGAUUUGAGAUGAAUUUGUGCUUUAGUUUUGCUGCCACUUCAUGGCUGUUCUUUUCUGGGCUGUAAUUUCUGGACUGUCUUCUCCUGUGCUUUUCCUAAAAUCACCAAAUACUUAGCUCACAAAUGUUAUGAUGGGAAAAAAAAAAGUUAAAAAAAAAAAUGGAAGAGCAUCAUUAUGUUCUUGGAAUAGUAAAUAAGAGGAAAUAAAUACUGAAUUUUAAUUAAUUAAACUAAAGAAAACUGCAUGUAAAAAUGCAUCGUGAAUUAUGCUUUUUUAAAGUUCCUAGGGAAGACCUCGUAAGCUAUCAGUUCAUCAGCAAAAUGUCAGGAAUUUAGAAUACUGUCUCAUUCCUAUCACUAAAGGCUGCAAGUACGUAUUUGUGCAUGUAACUGAUUAAGAUAAAUCUGUAUAUUUGCCAUCAUUAAUAAUUGUUAAUACCAAGGCUAUUUAUUAAUUGCCUUCUUUGAUGUUAGGCUGUGAUGAAAUCGCCUAAACCAGAAUGAUUUCCUUUAUAGAGGCACUGGCAAUCAGAUCUCAACUGCAGGGCACUCUGGAGUGUAAGUUGGUUUGUAUCCAAGACAUGACUAUCUUCUUUUUUUUUUUUUUUCCUCCACCUCCAAGCAGCUGAGGGCUCACUUAGCACCCAUGCAGAAAGUGGUAGGUGGCAACUGUAGUGGAACUGUGUUGUGUUGUAUCAGUCUUCAAACCAGCAUAACAUUGGUCUCUGGGUCAUAGAAGGCCAAUGUCUCAGUGGCUUCAGUGGGUGCUAGAAAACUGCACAUCCACCUGCCUAAAAUGAAAGGCUACAGCUGCCUGAGGAGAGAAGGUUCCACAUGAGCAAGCCUGGAUAAAAUGCACAGUGGCAUUCCUCUGGGAACAGUUUGCAAGCAACCUGUUUCAGGACUACUGCUUUGCCAGGAAGUCUUUCUUGUUGAAUCCAGUUCUUCUAGUAAAAGCAAACAAAAUCUUGCAGCUCUGAGACUCUCCUGAUGAACGUGGACACCUUCCUCAGUCUUUAUUGCUUUCUUACCUUCUCUUUACACUGAGAAAACACUUCUAGGGUCUAAUGUCUCCAAUGCGUAACAAGUGGAUUUUCUCAUCUCUGGCUCCAGCAUGCUCCGUGUAUUUUGACAUUCUUCUGGUGGGUUUGUGCUGCUUUCCUUUAGGUCCUCGGUCUGCAGUGAAUCGAGUUUCAAGGUCAUGUUCUCUGUUUUGUCUCUUUUCCUGGCCGGAAGAAAGGGUUGUGCCUGUAUGGCCUCACUGCUCUGAAAGAGAUAAAAAAGGAAUUAAGAGGUCCUUGGUCUCAAUGAAAGUAGAGGAAAUGACAGCCACGCUUCUGUCAUAAGAUCAUUGUUUCAAUCUUAGCAGUAUUUAGCUUCGAAAACUAUAACCUGUGAUGAAGCCUGUAAGCCAAAUCUACCCGAUUUAAAGAUUCCAAAGCUGUUUAUGAUAUUUAAUAAUUCUGGCAUUCAGUUUAAUAAAAGAUCUGUCUGCAUUUUCUAGAAGGUCUUAGAAUCGUGCUGCGUAUUUGGAAGUGCUUAGCUUUUAAAACAGGUGAAAAAGAUGAAGCUGGCAACUUGAAUAUCAGUCCUUUCAGGUCACAGCAUGCUUUUUUUCUAGAGCACAUAAAUAUGUGGUUCUUGUUUAGCCACUAGUCUUUGGGAAAAUGUGCGAAUGAGUUAGUACUGUAAUUUUCACACAGUGUGCUUCCUGUGUCUAACAGGGAUGCUGCCUCUCCAUCCUUUCUUGCUAUGGUUUUGGGCAUUCCCCUCGCAGCUACCCCUGCAGCAAUUCUUGUGUUAAGCUUCCUGCCUAAACGAUACUCAAAUUAUAUUCUGUAGGGGGUUUAGUAACUAUAAAGGCGUAAGUCAUUCACUUCUUCUUUUUCAAUAAACACAUGAUGAAAAUGUAA